GGGUAGUUCGAGGCGGGUGGGGCCGGGACUUGGCGUGAUGGAUCGCGUAGGAGGUGUCCGUGCCGAGGGGGGGGGUCCAAGUGCAGCGCGUCUGGCUCUGCCUUGCCUGUUCCUCUUGCUAAAAGUGCACGCUUGCAGGCUCCGCUAGACCCGUUUCACAAUCAGCGUCGACGCAAACCUUUUACACACAAACCUGGCUUCCAAUAGACGCGCUGCGGCGAUCCAUUUUGCUGCGCAGCGCGCUGUAAAAGCCCUCCAAGCAUUGACCCGAUCAGCGCACGGGUCACGUGGAUAAACCCACUCGGGCCGCAGCGAGAACGCUGGAUCAGCUGGAGACACACCCCGCGGUCACGCGGACAAUGCCUUGGCGACGACGCUGCCUUUUCUUGGCGCGUCGACCGCGACGCGCCGCCGGGUCGUCGCGCCAAUUGCUGUUGCGCUGCGUCUGCGCACCAGUGGGCCGUGGCGAGCCCGGUGCGGCGGGGGGCUUGCGCGCGGCACGGUUCCCGGGUCGUGCGCGCGCGCAAGUGCUCCCGGCCGUCGCGUCGUUCUGAGGCGCCGCGGGUCGCGAGUCGACCGCCAACGCUCUCGCCCCCUCGCUAGGUACUGAGACACAUCAGCCAUGGCCGCCGCCAAGCGAAAACCCGCAGCCAAGAAGCCCGCCGCCAAGAAGCCGGCCGCCAAGAAGUGCGGAGCCGCGUCGAAUAUGCGACGCGACCGAGCCUCACCGGUCCCCGCACAGGUCGCCCGCGAAGAAGCCGGCCGCCAAGAAGAGCCCCAAGAAGUAGCAUGCGGCGUCCGGACGCGAUUUCUAUGUUAUUCCCAUGACGCGUUUACGAGCAGGCCCGCGCCGAAGAAGGCGACGCCCAAGAAACCCGCCGCGAAGUCGCCCAAGAAGCCCGCGCGGCCCCGUGUUCCAUUGUCUGUCGUCGCGCCAUCGACACGUUCUCUACGCAGGCCGCGAAGAAGUCGCCCGCGAAGCCCGCGGCCAAGCCCGCCGCGAAGAAGUGCGGAGCUGCGUAGAAUAUGCGACGCGAUCGAGCCUCACCGGUCAACGCACAGGUCGCCCGCGAAGAAGGCCGCGUCGCCAAGGAAGCCGGCCGCCAAGAAGAGUCCCGCGAAGCCGGCCUCGAAGGCGAAGAGCCCCGCCAAAAAGAAGACGGCCGCCAAGAAGUCUCCGGCCAAGAAGCCGGCCGCGAAGAAGUCCCCGGCGAAGCGAUCCACGCGCAGCAAGAAGAAGUAGAACUUUGUGCCGUGUCGAACCCCCAUCCCUCCGACGAAUACCAUAACCACGAAGUUCUUGUGGCA